AUGAAGGUGAUUUGCAAGUCAGAUGCUCCUACAGGGGAUGUUCUGCUUGAUGAAGCUCUGAAACACAUAAAAGAGACCCAUCCUCCCGAAACAGUACAAAAUUGGAUUGAACUGCUUAGUGGUGAAACAUGGAACCCACUGAAGUUGCACUAUCAAUUGCGAAAUGUCCGUGAACGGUUAGCUAAAAAUUUAGUGGAAAAAGGUGUACUGACAACAGAGAAACAGAACUUCCUUCUUUUUGACAUGACUACACACCCUCUCACCAACAACAAUAUCAAACAGCGCCUCAUCAAGAAGGUUCAAGAAGCAGUUCUUGACAAAUGGAUGAAUGACCCUCACCGCAUGGACAAGCGCUUGCUGGCACUUGUUUAUUUAGCCCAUGCUUCAGAUGUUCUGGAGAAUGCUUUUGCCCCUCUUUUGGAUGAGCAGUAUGAUUUAGCCACAAAGAGAGUACGGCAGCUCCUGGAUUUAGACCCUGAGGUUGAAUGUAUGAAAGCCAACACGAAUGAGGUUCUGUGGGCUGUUGUAGCAGCUUUCACAAAAUAACUGCAUUCAGACUGAAGUGUUCUCUCUUCUUUCAUGUAAACCAGUAGUUUCUCUUCUAUUGACUAUUCAUGUUUUCUGUAAUGUGUACCUUCUUACAAAAUGAAUCAGCUCUUGUUUAAUGGGAAUUGUAAGUGGUGGAUUCCCCCCUCUGUAUACAGGAUUCUGAUGGUAAAAGAGACCUUCCUGUUUAAAAGCAACAGAAAAAGGUUUUACUGCCAUAUUGGCAUUCUAUUUCUUAUUCAGUUUGAGUUAUCUGAAAUAUUUUGUUUCAUCUAAUUUUCAUCUUACUGUUUUGAAAUGGUUUAACAUGGAAAGUACCUCAAGGAGGAAAUCAGCAUGCAGUUGGAUCACUAAUCUCAGCUGAGACAGAAGUGCACACGUCAGUACUUCUGCAGUAAAAUUCAUAACAGAUAAAAAAGGGCCUUUUAAUAGGGCCUCACCAAAGCUCCAUCGAAGCGUCCAUCAGGACAUUUUAUGCACAGACAUUGGUUCAAUUAUAUCUAACAAAAUUACUUUAAAAGCAGAAAUGCCAUUAAGCAUCUUUGUCAAUAGUUCCUGUAAAAUUCCCCAUAAAUGUAUACUUUUCAUGCAAGUCUCUUGUGUACUUAUGUUUUCAUGAGAAUGGUAGCUGAGUUAUAAGGCUACUGUAAAAAGGUCCAAUUGUUUCAUAAACCAGUUUUGGGAUGGGAUGCAUUCUAUUAUAUUGUAUAUGUAGUUCAAAUUGUAUAUUAAUAAUUGCCCCAUCUUAGUACUUUGCAAGAUCUACUUUGUUGUACACUAGGUACCCCUUAUUUGCUAUCAGCUAUUGCCAUUUGAUGGAAAGAAAGGCCUCCUAUAGAGAGUACAUAUGUGAAAGCUGUUUGUUUUCAGUAUCUAUGGAGUUUGCCAUCCAUGUGCUCUCAGUCUAUGCAUUGCCUUUGAUAAUUAGUAUAUAGAAAGAGACCACUUUCUAUCAUCAUUUGUAUCAUUUUUCAUCCCUCCUGUAUGGAAAAGGCUUGUGACCAGUACAAUUCUUGAGUGCAGAUUUUAAUUUUGUUUGUACACAAAUUAAUGUUUAUCUCUUCAACCUUGUAAUCUAUUUUAUGCUUUAAAACCAAAAAGACCUAGCAGAUGUUGCAUGUAAAUGGUUAGCAAGUAAUGACUGCAGUUCAGAUGAUUAAAAUUUCUGCAAUAGAAUGCUCUGCUAUAUUUUAAUUAUAUACAAUUAUGCUGAUUAGCACACUAUUGUAAAAAAUCAAUAGAAAACCUUGGCUUUUUAAAAUUUAUUGCCUCUUUGCCACUUCUUGUCAUCUCCUGCUGGUUUUACUGUGUAAAUAUUAAUCAGUGAACAAAUAAGUAUUGAUUUUUUUUUCCCUCAUAAGAAUUAAGAUUUAUAUUGGGGUUUACAGAUAUUUAGAAACUCUUUUAUGCUAAUAUUCAGAGCAAGAAUACUAGAUGGUAUAUAACUAGAGCUGAAAUUUAAGGGAUCCCAUAAUCUGUAUACUAAUCUGUAUACUGCUUUUUACCUACAGUAAAAAAAUUAUGAUUAUAAAGUGCCUGAAACAGAGCAAGCAUGUAAUUUUUAUUUUUUGUUGUUAAUUAGAAAGGUUUUAUAGCUUAACUGAAAGAUUUAGGUAAUAUCCUUCUUAUUAGAAAGGGAUACUGACCUAAUCAGCAGUGUCACUCAGAUCUGCAGGAUACAUGGCUCAGACAAACUACAUUAGCAGUUGUGUAGCUGUGCCUGCCAUGGGUAGACCUCUUCUAUCCUGAGCACAGCUCUACAGCCUCAUCUGUGAAUGGACUUCCAGUUUAGCACUUAAUUUUAAAUCAUUAAGAUGCUUAUGUAGUUGACUCUAAAAUACAACUUGAAUUCAUCAUACCUAUAAAACCAUUUUUAAUAAAGGUUUUUAAAAUAUGGUCCUUAACAUUUAGUGGCACACUGUUCUUUCAAUUCUUAAAUUUUCUUUAGAAAAACUAGAAGUGCAUAGUAAGGUAUUUAAAACUGUGGUUUACAAAUAAAAAGUUUGUAAGAUGCUGUGUUUAAAACUUUGAGGAGCUUGGACAUGAACUUUGGACAUUUUCUUUUAAACAUUUUUAAAACAUAAUUUCUUUAAGUGGAGGGAUAACAAAAGCUGCUGUGUUGCUCUUAUAUUUGAUAGCUUACAGAAUACUUUCUGUACUUGAUAGUAUAUGCUAACUCACUGCUUUUGUUCUCUCUUUCUCCUGUGAUCUGUGUUGUCAUUUUUUCUUGUUCUCUGAGAGGAGAGAAAAAUAAUUAGGUGGAAAAAUCAGAAAAAAAUAGUGGUGUAUUUGGGAGCAAGUUGAGUGCACAAAAAAUGGCUUUGAAAAUCUAAGCUACUUGAAACAUGCUUCAGACUGCAAGUCUGUUUCAUAGUCCCCUUUCUGUCCUCUCACCUUCAUUCUGUCAGUAUUUUUCAUGUUCCUGGUGUUUUCAUGUUACAUUGUGGAGUAUAUUGGGGUUUUUUCACCCUUACAGCCAACAUGGUUUAAAAAAAAAAAAAUGACCCUUCUUUAACCCCUUUCAGAGAGAGGGUUUUUUGUUUUGGUUUUUGGGUUGUGGUGUGGGUUUUUCCCCCAUGUAGAAUACUGCCUACAGUAUUUAUCAGAUUUAUUUUGCUUAAAGACAACCUCUGUCUGUGAUGGGGACAGUUUUUAUGGAGUGUAUCAAAGAACUUUGAUAUAAGUAACAAAGUGUUUGUGAAGCAUGAUGGUAUCUCUUGCUAGACCACCUGGCAUAAGCCUGGAUGUGCAGGGGAAGUAGAUGAGCUGUAGGAGUCUUGAGUCCUAUGUUGUGUUUUAAAAAACCCAAAGCCUCAUGAGUGCUACCAGACCUUAUAUUUAACAAUGAAGAUAAGUUUGGUAGGUUAACAGGGACUGAUUUAGCAAUCAUCCUUGCCUUAGUUGCUAUUUCAGGUUCUAAUAAUAUGAUUAAACGUGGGAGACUGCUUUGUUCUGCUGAGAUUCAGGUACCCUUCUUCCUAAUAGCUGCUACUGCAGCUCACAGAGAUCUGGACGCUUGGUUUAAAGACAGUUUUGACUGCUCCAAUGGCUGCUUAAAGUUAAGAUGGCUAUCAUAGUGUGAACUUGAACCUGUGCCUCAAAGAAGAACAUAUAUUAUUCAGGGACUCAGUCUUUUAAAACUUUCAAGUUCAUGUCAAAAACAUAAUUCUGAAAGAUAAAUCCACAAGCAGUAUGUGUAUAUAUAUAUAUAAUUUUAUACUCCUUGAGAUUUACAUCCUUCUCUCCUGUGCUUCUAGAGAUGAUGUUAGUGCUUCUACAUGGGGUGUUAAUGAAACAUAAAUUCGCUAUAAAAGGCUGGUGACUGCUCAUGUCUUCAUUUCCAUUUCUACAAAGUGAAGAAAUGUAUUAACUGAUUUGUUCUCUGCGAACUGGACUGAAUCUGUAUCAAAACAAA